AAUCAGAAGACCAACACGCACGGGGUUUGUAUACUCUUUAAGUCGCCGAUCUGCAUAAUACUCUUUGUAGGUUAGCUAUUAGCUUCUCCUUCAGUUACCCAAGCUGUUCGUAUCAAAGAAGGGGAAGGAAAAUCAAAGGACAUAGAAGAUGAGGCCAAUUUUGAUGAAAGGGCAUGAAAGGCCAUUGACGUUCUUGAAAUACAACAGAGACGGCGAUUUGCUAUUCUCAUGCGCCAAGGAUCACACUCCCACCGUUUGGUUCGCCGACAAUGGCGAACGCUUGGGCACCUACCGCGGCCACAACGGUGCUGUCUGGUGUUGCGACGUUUCAAGGGAUUCGACGCGGCUUAUCACUGGUAGUGCAGAUCAGAGUGCAAAGUUAUGGAAUGUGCAAACUGGGGCUCAGUUAUAUUCAUUCAAUUUUGACUCUCCAGCAAGGGCUGUGGACUUUGCUGUUGGGGAUAAGCUUGCUGUGAUUACCACUGAUCCAUUUAUGGAGUUGACUUCUGCUAUUCAUGUGAAGCAUAUUGCUAAAGAUCCCAGUGAGCAGACUGGUGAAUCCAUCCUGGUCCUUAAGGGACCACAGGGAAGAAUAAACAGAGCUGUUUGGGGACCUUUGAACCGUACUAUUAUAAGUGCUGGCGAGGAUGCCACAAUUCGCAUAUGGGAUUCUGAGACUGGUAAAUUGCUUAGAGAGUCAGAUAAGGAAACUGGUCAUAAAAAGACCAUAACAUCACUUUCAAAAUCUGCAGAUGGUUCGCACUUUCUUACUGGAUCUCUGGAUAAAUCUGCCAAGCUCUGGGACAUCAGAACGUUGACUCUUGUCAAGACCUAUAUAACAGAACGCCCAGUUAAUGCUGUAGCGUUGUCUCCUCUUCUUGACCAUGUGGUGCUUGGAGGUGGCCAGGAUGCAUCAGCUGUUACAACAACUGAUCAUCGUGCUGGGAAGUUUGAAGCCAAAUUUUUUGACAAGAUUUUUCAAGAAGAAAUUGGGGGCGUGAAAGGGCACUUUGGACCUAUAAAUGCGUUGGCUUUUAAUCCUGAUGGGAAAAGUUUCUCAAGUGGUGGUGAAGAUGGUUACGUGAGAUUGCAUCACUUUGAUCCCGACUACUUCAACAUUAAGAUUUAAUUCUAGACCUUAUUGACUGAUUGAAAAAUUUAGUUCGGGAGCCUAACUAAAAAGAAGCAAGAAAAGAGUUACUUGAAUCUCGUUUGGAGGAAAUCAUUUUUCUUUUCUUUUUCCUCCAUAGUGUAGUAAUGUGAUAAAUUAUGAUUUUUGUUCAUGUGAUGACAGAGUAGAGUUUUGUAGUAGUGAGUGUUGCAUGCACAUGAUCAGCUGUUUCAUUUUACCUGUUCGAAGAAAUGCUGCCGGAUGGAAUUUCAACUUAUUUUUGCUUCCACAGCAGAAUAUGUAUUUCACUACUCACAAGCAUAAAAAGGAGAAAUUGUGUAAGACUACUGCUUUUUUCGGCA